AUGGCACCACCUUCAGUCAGCAGCGGUUCGCAACGCGGCGACCUGCCUAUAACGAGAACCUCAUCGGUCUCGUCCAUUCACCAUCCCCCAGAAGAACGCGAAGCAACAGCCGAUAACCGCAAGUCUUUCGAUUAUACCUCCCAACCAUUAUUCACCGAAGAUCCGACUUCGUCAACUACCACGAAGCCCCAACGAAAGAAAUCGUUUGACUGGAAUGGAUCUUGGGUAUGGGAAAUCGGUGGAUCUGUCCUGGGAAUCAUCUCCCUCGCGCUUCUCAUUGCCUUUCUCGCCAAAAUCAAUGGAACUGCAUACGAUCAUUGGCAAUACUCGAUCUCUCCCAACACGGUCGUCUCCGUAAUUACUACCAUUGGCAAGGGGGCGAUCUUGGUUCCUGUCUCGGCGUGUCUCAGUCAGCUCAAAUGGAAUCGUUACCGAAGACCCAAUCGUCUGUCCGACUUGCAGGCUCUAGACGAAGCGAGCCGUGGUGCCUGGGGAUCGAUCGUGUUGUUCUGGUCGAUGAGACCCAGCUUGGCCACCAUUGGAGCAGUGUUGACUGUACUGGCCCUCGCGAUCGACCCCUUCUCCCAGCAGAUUAUCGCGAUUCACUCGAGAAAUGCUGUGGCUCUGAAUGGAACGGCCUAUGUCCAAAUGGCUCGCGGUUACAAUUUGAAUUCGGACGAGGAAAAGUCUCCGACCAUGCAAAUUGCGGUGCUGAGCGGGCUGUUUCAAACUAAUGCCGCCUUAGAUCCGUACUGCGAGUCGGACUAUCACUGCACGUACCCCCCAUUUAUCACACUCGGCAUCUGCAGCAAGUGUGAAGAUGUCACCCAGGAUACCAGCCAAACCUGCAAGACUUCGCCACAAACAGCGGCCCUCAAUUAUCUCGGCUCUGGUUGGGACAAUAUGCGCACGAACUGCACUUAUCAAUCACCCAGUGGAUUCGAUGUGAAUCUCGCCGAUGUGACGUUGAGUAUGAAUCCUGGGCGAACUUUGACCUACCUGCAAGCUAAAUCCUCGAUUGUGCCUAACACGACCAUCACGAGCAUCGCGGGGAUUGAAAGUCCCCUCAUUUCGAUCUUGAGCUUGGUCGACAGCAACAAAACUUACUAUUCCCAUCAGAAUCAUACUCAACCACCAAACAAACCCGAUAUCACGGAAUGUGCAAUAUAUUGGUGUGAACAGGCGUUCACAACGGCAAACACUCGCCAAGCAUACCAACCCAGUAUUACUCAGCCUCUAAUUCCCAUCGACCCUGUGGUCACGGAAGGCUCAGCCAUUCGACACGACCAGCCAUAUCUGACUGCACCGUCAGGAUUGUCCACAAUCUCUGGAGAUUCUUCUUAUCCAAUCAAUCAUACGACCUAUACCACCUUGACCUCCGAUCUAUCCACUAUCCUCACGUCGGAUUCGGACUCUUCCACGGUCUUCGCAAUACAGAAUCUUGUGACGAGAAACAUCACGGAUAUUCUCUCAUCUCUUGCCACUAGUAUGACCGAUGUCAUUCGUUCCGACCCAGACACGAGCAUCUCUAUUCCCGGCAAGGCAUACUACUCCCAAAAUUUCAUCCAUGUCCGAUGGCCGUGGAUUAUUCUUCCCGUCUUCGUCGGUGUGAUGUCGACGGUAUUUCUCGUCAUUACUGCAAUUUCGAGCCGAAAAAGGGUGCUCUGGAAGUCCUCCGUGUUGCCUUUGCUUAUUGGCCGGCUUGAAGUGCAGCCGUGCCAUGCUUUAUCAGCUGUGGAUCGUGUAGACGAGCUGAGCAGCAAGUCUAAAAGAGUUCGAGUCUUUUUGGAGAAUGAUCCGAGACUGACAUUUGUGGAAGACACGAGUGCAAAGGAAUGA